UAAAGAAUUGAAUCCUGGUCGCUGCAAAAAUGAGUACAGCGGUCGUGUCGCCUUUCUUCGACUUCGAAGUCCUGAACAAGAACAACAAACUGCUCAGCUAUAACAGUAACCUGGGCGGCCCUCACACCAUGUCGGUCCCUUGCACUGGCACCAACUUGUCCAUCUCCAAUCCCGCCGGAGCCCUGCUGGACAGGAAGGCGGUGGGAUCUCCCUCGGUCGGAGGCGUGUACCAGCGGCGGCACUCUGUCAGCAGCACAAAGUACAGCCAGAACCAGUUCCUGAACAGCCUGAAGGCGGUGGAGCACUCCUCGCUUAUCUCAGGGGUUGGCAACGCCAGCAGCAACAAGGAAAACCGCCUGCGAGAUCGCUCCUUCUCCGAGACGGGCGACAGGCUGGUCAGCAAGUGCCUGGGCCCCGCCAGUCCCACCUGUGGCAGCAGCCAAGUGAACUCCAGCCGCUACAAGACGGAGCUUUGCAGGCCCUUCGAGGAGAACGGUUCCUGCAAAUAUGGCGACAAAUGCCAGUUUGCCCAUGGAAUCCACGAACUGCGCAACCUGAGCCGCCAUCCCAAAUACAAAACUGAGCUGUGCCGCACCUUCCACACCAUCGGGUUCUGCCCAUAUGGGCCUCGCUGCCAUUUCAUCCACAACGCCGAGGAGCGCCGCGGACCCCCCCAGCAGAGCUCUCCUCUAAACUCUUCCAACAAGAUGGAGAGGCCCCGGCUGCAGCACAGCUACAGUUUUGCCGGUUUCUCCACUUCGGCUGGGCUGAGAGACAGCCCCACCUCGGUCACCCCGCCACCCAUGUUCUUCCCAGAUGAGAUGCCAGACUGGCCCAGCAGCAACCCCUUCACCUACUCCAGCCAGGAGCUGGCCAACCUGUUUGUGCCCAGCCUCAGCGCCGGCCCCAUCGGCACCGAGCCCAGCACCCCUGCGCCUCCCUCUCCGACAAGCACGCCCUUAUACUUCAGACCCAUGUUGGAGUCCCCUCAGAUGUUCGAGUCUCCAUCCAGCCCGCCAGACUCGCUCUCAGACCAAGAAGGUUACCAGAGCAGCUCUGGUGGCAGCCUGAGCGGCUCAGAGUCCCCGACGCUGGACACCACCCGGCGUCUCCCCAUCUUCAGCCGCCUCUCGAUCUCUGACGACUAGACUGCACGCUUCCACCAGCAUCUUCAGCUCGAUGACACAAAGAGAACAUGGCACUCCCCUCUACCUCUGCCACCUUCUCGAGCUCCACCAGGCCCCUUCUACACAACACACUGUUCAGUUCCUUCUCAUUGUAAGGAUGCAAUCGAUUUAAGGGAACUUUUUUUCUUAACUCAAAUGAUCACUUCACCCCAGUCAAUCUGCACGGCAAGGUUUGAAAAUGAUGCCAUGUGUCAUAGUGCCAAAUGAGGAGAGGAAAUUGAACAAUGAGAAUCAUGAGAACAAGAUGACUGUUUUGCCAGGUGCCACUUGAUUUUUUUUUUUUUUCUCCUCUUUCUUUAUUUGUUCUUGAAUGUGUAGCAGCACAAGUGGCCUUGGACAGGGGAGUGCAUUGCACUAGCCCCCAGACCCCUCCUCCCUCCUUCCCUCCCUCCUUCCUUCCCUCCCCUGAUGAUACCACUUCCCCCUCCCGAGCUAGCUAGACGGUGCUCACUAAUGUAGCUGUAGCUCUAUCGCAGACAUUUUUACAGACUGAUAAUAAACGUUAAUGGAGGUGGAAAAUAAAAAUUACAGACCCUGAAAAUAUAUGAAUAGUUUUUAAGGAAUGGGAAAAAAAAGGUAAAGUGCCUGGGGUGGUUUUCUGCAUGUGUUAUGGGUGAAUGGACUACUGUGUUUUUUUUUUUUAUUUUGUUUUUUUCCCUUCUUUCACUCUUCCAUUCGCUCCCACCCCUCCUGUCACGGUUCUUCUCAAGCCCCUCUUCUUAUGUAAUUGAACGAGUCUGCAAGAAGGACUUUGAACUGGAAGUUGGUCAUAUCCUAAGCCCUGCCCCCUUCUGAGCUUUCUUCCUGUUGCUGGUCACUGGCUCUUUUUCUUUUUUUUUUUUUUUUUUUUUUUUUCUCCUCUGGGAUGGAAGUCUUGAUGUCAAACUGAACAUUAACCCCUGUUCAUUUUUGCCCAGCCCCCACCCUCAUUCAUCCGCGCUGAUUUAGGGAAUUCCAGCAUUCCCAGUGGUGCGGUUUGUUCACCCGACGACUUAGAGAAAUCUGAUCUUCAAGCUAUUUUACUUUACUUUUUUCCCUCCACUUCGCAACCUGCUCUGAGGAGCACCCUGUACUCAUUACAUCCCUUUUGCUUUCAUUAUUUGAUAAUUAUUUUUUAUUAAUGUUAUUAUUACGGUUAUUAUUAUUUGAGAAACCUUCCAGAAAGAAGGUUUGUGUGUCACUGCUUAUUUAACUUAUCAGAACAUAUUUAUUGGUGAUCAUAUGCAUUUUUUUUUUGUUAAUUUUGUUUUUUGUAUUUAUCUGGAUAAUGAACAAUAGAAUAUAUUUUCUUUUAUGUUAAAUUAUGAUCUUCCAUAUUAAUCUAAAGAUUGUGAAGACGUUUUUGUCAGUUUCCUUUUUUUCACAGUUUAAUAUAUUGUACUUCAAUGACUUUUGUUCUGCAACUACACUUUGUCAAAAAUGAAACUAAUUUAAAGCAGAAAAUGCAAAGAAAAAAAACUUUUGCGUUUUGAUUAUUUAUUGUAUUUUGUUUUUUUUUUAUUUUUUUCUCCUUGCUCCCUUUUCAUUGGACUGCAAUUCCAUUUGAACUAGAUUUGCUCGUGUUCAUUCCCGGACUUUUUUUUUUUUUUUUUUUUUUUCCCUCCACACUGCCAAUAAUCUGACAGUAACAGUUGUUAACUGUUAAUCACAUUAAUAUUAUGUUAAUUCAACUCGUCUGUUUCUUCUCGGAGCUCGUCCCCACUUUGAAGAGAAGUACUGACGCAGAACCUGGGUUGAUGGAAGUUAAUGUAAAAGGGUGCCAAACAAUCACAAAGAAAGACCCCUCGCAUCACUGGUUUAGGAGCAGUUCAGAGUUUGAAGACUGGUUAUGUUCAGAUUUCGUAAUGGUUGUUGCAUCCCGGUCUGUUAGAACAAGCAAUAGCUGUGACCAAAUGGGUUGAGGAAAGUUUAAAUUGGUUGGAUGCUUGAUGCACUUGUUUGGCCCCCUCUUGACCAGUGGAAGUGCCUCUUUGAAUACAUUCCAGGUAGCUAAGGCUUCUUGGCCUUUUUAUAUUUGAUAAUGGAGGACAGUUUCUCUCUUUUCUUUUUUUUUUUUAGUAGGUCUCUUGUUCCAUGUUGCCUUCAUGUGUUUGGAAGAGGUGAACAGAUUCUGACACAAAGAAAGUAAAACUGUUGAAUGUAAUUUUUUUUUUUUCAGCCAUGUGUUUUCACUACAGUAAUUUCUGUGAGUUUAUUAGAAAACCUGUUGGGUUUCUGUUUUUUUUCCUCUUUUUGUAAGUAUUGAUUGCAGUUAAGUCAAUAAACCCCAUAUUUUUUGGAAAAGUUAA